AUGGGUAACUGCCACGGCGGGCGGCUUAUGACCAAAAACGGCCUGGUAAGGUUGGAGCGACCAGAAUGUGCAGUGUACUUUUUUGGGUUGUUUACUUCCGUGUUUGUCAAUACAGCUGAGAAAUCCGAGUACCACACCAUCCUAGACAACAUCGUUGUUGUUUUUCAACUUCUGGAUUGUUUGCGCCAAAUAUUACCUGACUAUCUUCCCAGACCAACCUCGUACAACGAGACGCCGUUCGUCACCCGUUUCGAUAACCUCUUCCCUUUUUCACUCUCGACAGUCCCUUUAUCAACGGCUUCUUACGAAAAUCCUUUGUCCAUUGUGCUACUGAAACCCGGAACGUUUACCAUUAGCUUGGCUCCCGCUCGAGAAGACAAAGGCAGCCGACCCACGCUGGCCUCUAGAACGUUGGGCGACUCGUGGAAGGAACGCCAUAGCGGUCCAGAACAAAAAAGGCAUACGAAACGCAUCGUUUCGAGGCUCGAAGUCGUUGAUCGGUCCCUGACGAGCCAAGCCAAGCCUGCCGUUAUUCUCUCCUCCAGUCUUUUAGCUGUGCCAUUCAGCCUAUCCCGAAGAAGCCACGCCCGAAACCGAAACCCAUCGUACUCCGAGCUGUGA